AUGGGACGUACAAAUCACACAUUUGUAUUCCUGAUCGUUUUAAUAUUUUACACCUCUCUCAACCUAUGCCGAUGCUCGGUUGGCGAACACAUCAAGACAACCAGAGAGGGAGAGAAUUUGAAGUCGAACAUCAGACGUGCGGCGUCCGGUUUGAUGCCGUAUCCAAGAAUAGGGCGAAACUCCGAAAUGGCUGCCGGUUUCUCGAGGUCCGAUCGUGCCGCCGGAUUGGUUAAUUAUCCGCGGGUCGGUCGAUCGGAUCUGUCCUCUUCGAACAUUAAUUUCAACCGUUUACACGACAUGGACAACGACGUGGAUCUUCAAUUUUAUAACGUGCGCGACUUCGAUCUGGAUUCCGCCAUCGAUCAGGAUUACGAAGGUACCAGAAACAGUCAACUGCCCGUGAACGACUACAUGCCAAGACUGGGACGCGAAACGGAAUUCUAA